AUGUCUAACGCAGAAGUACCCCCCGAGUUCUCGCAGUACAUUGAAGACCACCAGCAACAGUUCAUCGACCGGCUCGCGGAGGCUGUCGCCAUACGCAGCGUAAGCGGGGACCCCGCCCUCCGCCCCAGUGUCACCAACAUGGGCUGUUGGCUGAAAAAACAGCUCGAGGACCUUGGGGUCUCUACCCAGUGCGUGGACCUAGGACCCCAGGACGGGCAGGGGGAUGGCGAAGAGUCGCUCCACCUCCCGCCCCUCAUUUUAGGCAGAGUCGGUGAAGAUCCCGCAAAGAAGACCGUUCUGGUGUACGGACAUUACGAUGUGCAGCCUGCGGAGCAGAGCGACGGGUGGAACACUGACCCUUGGAAACUCGACCAGAACGACGACACCGGACGCCUGACGGGCCGCGGCGCGACGGACGACAAGGGCCCCGUCCUCGGGUGGCUCAACGUGCUCGAAGCGCACCAUGCGCUCGGGCUUGAGCUUCCCGUGAACCUCCGCUUCUGCUUCGAGGGUAUGGAGGAGAGCGGUAGCGAUGGCCUCGAUGAGUUUAUAGCCGCGGAGGCGGCCAAGGGCAAAGAUGGAUACUUCGACGGCGUGUCUGGUGUGUGCAUCUCGGACAACUACUGGCUGAACGCGCGCACGCCGUGCGUCACCUACGGGCUGCGCGGUGUCGUCACGUUCCAGAUGACCGUCUGCGGGCCCAAGGAAGACCUGCACUCGGGCAUGUUCGGGCGGAUGGUGCACGAGCCAAUGACGGACCUCGCGAUCCUCAUGAGCAAGCUCGUCGCGCCCUGCGGCAAGAUCCUGAUCGACGAGGUCGAGAACAUGGUCCCAGCGCCCACCGACGAGGAAAGGAAGGAGUACGAGAAUUUGGACUAUACCAAGCAGGACCUGGUCGACGCCGUCGGUGCGGACAUCGGGCUCUCGGACGACCCGGCGGAGCUGCUCAUGGGCCGCAUGCGCUACCCCUCGCUCUCGCUCCACGGCAUCGAGGGCGCGUACUCGGGGCCAGGCGUCAAGACCGUGAUCCCCGCGAAGGUCACUGCCAAGUUCUCGAUCAGGAUCGUGAGCCCGUAUCAGCCCUCGGAAGAGGUCGCUAAGGCAGUGCAGGAGUUUGUUGAGGGCGAGUUCGCGAAGAUCGACACGAAGAACAAACUCAAGUUCGAGACACUCGACGCGGCGGAAGGGUGGGUCACCGAGCACCCCAAGGAUGACUGGAACUACCAGGCCGCUAUCCGCGCGACUGAGGCGGUAUACAAACGCACCCCGGACCUGACGCGAGAGGGCGGGUCGAUCCCAGUGACGCUUACUUUCGCGAACAACCUGCCGGGUUCCGUCAGCGUGGUGCUGCUGCCCAUGGGCCGUGGCGACGAUGGCGCGCACUCUACCAACGAGAAGAUCGACCGCUCGAACUUCAUCGAAGGGAGCAAGAUGUUGGGAGUGUACUUGUACGAGGUUGCCGCGAGUGCCAAGAACUAG